GCGGGUGAUGUGAUUCUAGCGCGUGGCGCAAACAAUUGAGUGACUGACAGCGAGUUGACAUGUUGGUACUAGUGGUGGCUGUGGCGGUGGUCACAGGGGGCGGGUGGUGUUUUGUCGAUGGUCGGCACGUACGCAACAUAGAUUCAAACGGAAUAUCAGUCCUGGGAGGAGAUUUUAAUCACGAUUCAGUGUUCCCACGCUUUGCCGAGCCCAUUCCGAACGUGACUGUUACUGUGGGAAGAGACGCAUUGCUAGCGUGUGUAGUGGACAACCUGAGGACAUUCAAGGUUGCGUGGGUUCGAGUAGACACCCAAACAAUCCUCUCAAUCCACCACAACGUCAUCACACAAAACCCAAGAAUUUCGCUGUCAUACAAUGAUCACCGAUCUUGGUACCUCCACAUCAAGAACGUACAAGAAGUGGACAGAGGAUGGUACAUGUGUCAAGUCAACACUGACCCCAUGAGAUCUAGGCAAGGAUACCUCCAAGUUGUAGUUCCUCCCAGUAUAAUCGACAAAGAGACCAGCUCGGAUAUGGUGGUUUUGGAGUCGUCGAACGUCAGCUUGACUUGCAAAGCUACAGGUUAUCCUGAUCCUUACGUGAUGUGGCGCAGAGAGGACGGCGAGGAUAUCCGAUACAAUGGAGAAAACGUUAACGUCGUAGAUGGAGAGAUUCUGUUCAUCACUAAAGUCAGUCGUCUCCACAUGGCAGUAUAUUUGUGCAUAGCCUCUAACGGGGUACCACCAUCGAUCAGCAAGAGGGUGCAGUUGAAAGUGCAAUUUCCUCCGAUGCUAUCGAUCCCGAAUCAGCUAGAAGGGGCCUACAUAGGACAAGAUGUCACCCUGGAGUGCAGAACAGAGGCUUUCCCGACAUCUAUAAAUUACUGGACAACGGAGAGGGGAGACAUGAUCAUCUCAGGUAGUGACAAAUAUGAGGCUGUUUCUAUGGACAACGGCUACAAGAAAUACAUGAUGCUGAAAAUUCGCAGAGUCAACAAGUCAGAUUUCGGGUCUUACAAAUGCGUAGCGAAGAAUUCCCUGGGAGAGACAGAUGGCGUAAUCAAAUUAGAAGAGAUUCCAGCGCCCACCACUACGAAAGCGACGUCGCAUUUGGUUGCCACGCCCUCUAUUAAAAAGGGGGUCGCUCGAGGGUUGGAAAAGGGGCGCAACGACAACAGGGUCGAUUUCGGGGGAGACCCGGAAGAUUCCAGGAUACCAGCCGACUACGAGUACGACAGCGAGUACACUCUGUCGUCGAGCGGCCCGCCGCCCAUUCGGGAGCCGCCCUUCGCCCUCAGCGGGGCGGCGCACUGCCCCCAGCCGUCGAGCACAUUCUUCUUCUUCGCAUUCUUCUUCUUCCUACGCGCUGUGCUGGCGCGCCAGGAAGACCGCAGGUGAUGGACCGAGGGCCGUUAGGAAAGUGUACGAUGCGACGGCAGGAGUGAGAGAUGAACUGCCCCUUAUAUGUGCCAUUGGCCUGCUGAUGUGGCAAGACAUAUCCUGAAUGAGACUGACUGAUCAAAAAAUAAAUACUCGUGAAAUUGGAUUUGUAAAUAUGUAUAUAAGUAACCUGUAUCAUAAUCUGAGCUAUAGUAGUACCUACAAAGUGUAUACAGAAAAAGCGCCAAAUUAUUGUAUAUUAGAUAACUGCUGCCGAAAAUCAUCAGAUAAGUGAUGCACGUGAUAGAGUGUAUUCGAAAGGUAUUUGUUUCUUUGUUUUGACACUGGAAAAUAAUCGUUCCAUGGACAUAUUCGGAUGAUGAAAUGAGCUAUGAGAUUCAUCAUCAUUUAUCGACUUCUGGAUGAACCUUCGUUUCCU